AGAGGGGGCAGUCACGAGCUGAGUUCUGCUCACACUCCUAAAAAGUGAGCGAAACUUAAACCGGUUGAAGCCAUUGACUGGCUGAAGCAGCUUUCUCGUUUUUGUUUGGACCUCCUGGAGUUUGUUUUCGGGUUUUAACUUGAAUUUUCUUGGUUGAGACUAAAUUACUUUAAUUUGUAAACUCUAAGGGGGAUUGUGGCUCUGCAGUUAGUGCCCAUUCAGAGCUACCAAUGAGUGCUAAACUGGUUAGAGCUCCAGCAAACCGACGCAGCAGAGCUCCAGUCGGGCAGACCGCGGUGAACCGAGGCUCCACAUCUAGCAGGGUUCUGGCUCAGAGAAACCCUCCAGUGGUUGCUGUAGGAGCCUGGGUUGAAGGGGGACAGGAUUUCCCGGAACACCCGUCGGCUCUUGCUUUGCUGACUGAGGAGCUUCAGGCAGAGAAGAGAAGGAUAAAUGAAGAAAGCCUCAGACGAUUUCAAGACGAAGUGCGCCGCCGUCUGGCAAAACGAGCACAGGUCUGCAAGAAGGGACAACAGUUUCAUCCAAAUGCAGAGGUGACACCUGAAAGAUCAGCUCAUUAUCAUCAGAUCAGGGCUCAGCAUGGGUCUACCAGUGAGGAGCAGAGGCUCUCUGAAGGGCCGAAUGAAGCCACGAGGAAGGUCAGACUCAGACUUGCUGCCUGUCGGCUCAUCCAGGAGGAGGAAACGGCGUCAAAACUUCCUGGAGGCAGAUGGAAGAUCUCUCCAGGCAGACAUGAAGUUGAAUCCCCUAUGAGGAGAACAGAAGAGGAUGUUCUCAGUCAACAUGAAUGUCCUCUUGUUCAGCAGAAGAUAAGUGGACAUGGUCGGUCAGAUCAGGCUAAAUCAAAUCCCGAUCCUGGUUUUAAACCCGCAGUCUCUCAGGUUCUCUGGCCUCUGACUGAACAACAGGAAUUAAAAAAGCAGCAACAGUUUCAGUUCCUGAUGCACCGACGUCUGGCCAUGAGCACCGAACGAGAACAAGUGAAGGAAAACCGACAGCACAGGAAACACCUGCAGAGGACAGCCAGGAUCAAAGCAGAGAAGGAGCAGAUUCGCCUGGAAGAAGAGAGAAGGUUGGAGGAAGCCCAGCAGCUGGCAGAGGCCAGACACGAGCUGGAGGAGCGAGAGCUUUUGAUUCUAGAGAGACUGAAGCUGGAAGAGGAGAGAGCCGCUCUACUGCAGAGCAGAAAACAAGAAGAAAAAAAGAGAGAAGGUGGAAGGUUUGUGGAAGCUCUGAGGGCUCAGAUGAAGGAACGUCUGUCUCAAUUAAAGCUGGAGCCUCCACCUCUGUGCUGCUGUGCAUCCUCUUUCUGGGACUCUCACCCCGACACUUGUGCCAACAACUGUGUCUUCCACAACAACCCCAAAGCGUACGCCCGGGCUCUACACUCAACAAUGAUGAGUUUAGAAUUCCGCUGAAGGAACCUGAAAGGCUGAAUAGAGGUCAGGCUGUCUGCUUAAGACCAAAACAGCAAUUUUGGAAAUACGGUGUAAGUUAUCCCAGUUCUACUUCUGCCCAGUACACACCAAGAAAUAUUCAAUGGACAGCGUUAAAAAAUGCUUUAUUACUUUUAUGUUUCUUAAGAAUUUUUUUCACAUAUUGAGACAUUUUAAAAAGCAGUGUCUACAGGAAUAAAAAUUAGCUUUUUCUAUGUUCAGAUUUCUUUUAGUUUUACACAGAUUGUAGCACUUUUUCAUAAGUGAGAAUGACCUUAUUCGUGCAAAUGCUCUGAUAUCUGCAGGAAACUCUUGGUUUUUUUUUGCCAACCUUGUUAAACGGGAUGUAUUUGUGCUGAUAAGCAAAACUACAUCUGCAAAGCAUCAGCUUUCAGACCUGCUGAUAUAAGCUCUAAUAAUCCCCAUGCAGCCUCACGAACAAGCAUGACAGUCUGACCUUUUUCUUUUAUUUUGAAAUGUUUCAACCGUGUUUGUGCUGUAAUUACAGCUAUCCUUUUGAAAUUUGCUGCUUGUUUGAAUGAUUUUCAUGCAUCUAUUCUCAGGUAGACCUGGUUUAGUUUGUGGUCUUUUACUCAGGAUUGUUUUUUAAAUGUAAAUGUUAUGGAUCAAUGGAAAUAAUAUAUAUUUAAAUACUAAAAAUAUGCUAUUAAUAAAAAGGAAAGUGUGUAAGCUGCCCAAACUUUCUUUAAAAAGCACUUGUGAUUCUUAAAGUAAUAACUUGCUACAUUGCAAUGAAUUUGUAGGAUUUUAUCAAGUUGACAAAAAUUACUCUUCACCAUAAACUGUAACUUCUCAGUUAUAAGUCACAGGGUUACUAUCACUGUCGUGAAAUAAAAAUGUAAUAUCUAAUGCUUGAUUUUCUUGUGCAUCUAGUUUGUCUUUAAACCAUUUUCACUGUUUUUACAUUUUGACCAUUAGGCGUUUUUUCUGAAUGCAACCAAUAAAACUUCUACAGACAA